AGAUCUGUUUUGUUCUUGAAACCAAGAUCGGUGAAGGCUGCUUUUGGUGUUGGAUUCGAAGGCUUCUACUAGAUUGCAGUUUCGUUGGGUUGAGAAUCAAAAAUGACGACUGAUGACAUUAACACAUUAUGCAUAUACUUAUUGUUGGAAGAGCAGAUUUUGUAUCAAAAUUUGAUUUUCUUGUUGGUAGCUUAUCAUCUCUUGGUUAGGACGACAUCACGUAAACGAAAAAGAGGUUCUAACACAACUGCAUUUGGUAUAAUAGCACGAGUGCCUGAUCAAAUUACUCAUAUGAAUAGACUUGUAGGUGUUAGUGAUGUAGAUUGUCUUGCUAAUUUACGAAUGGAUCGCAACACAUUCGGUAGACUUUGCAUUUUGUUGCGCGAUCAAGGGGGGUUAUCGGAUGGUAGGUAUAUUAAGGUAGAAGAACAGGUUGCAAUCUUCUUGUCCAUCCUAGCCCAUCAUAAAAAGAAUAGGGUUGUUAGGUUCGAUUUUUGGCGCUCUGGGCAAACCGUAAGCAAGUUUGUGCACCUUGUACUAAAGGCAAUCUUGAAAUUGCACGUUACUUUACUUGUCAAGCCUGUUCCCGUUCCAGAAGACUGUACGGAUAACAGAUGGCGAUGGUUCAAGGGUUGUUUGGGUGCUCUUGAUGGCACAUACAUAAAUGUGCAGGUCAACAAUGUUGACAAGCCGAGGUACCGAACGCGUAAAGGUCAAAUAUCCACUAAUACACUCGCCGUGUGUGAUCGAGACAUGAAAUUUGUUUAUGUGUUGCCUGGUUGGGAAGGGUCGGCAGCUGAUUCGAGGAUAUUGCGGGAUGCACUCAGACGAGAGCAUGGUUUGAGAGUGCCUAAGGGAAACUAUUACCUAUGUGAUAAUGGGUACGCUAAUAGCGAGGGCUUCCUUACUCCUUACAAGGGGAUACGUUAUCAUUUGAAGGAGUGGGGCCCGAACACUGCUCGACCGCAAAAUGCAAUGGAGUUGUUCAACCUACGCCAUUCAAAGGCCCGAAACGUUAUUGAACGUGCUUUCGGAAUCAUGAAAAUGCGAUGGGGGAUAUUGAGAAGCUCGACUUUCUAUCCUGUGAAGACCCAAAACCGUCUAAUCCAUUGUUGUUUUAUUUUAAAUAACUUCAUCCGAGCAGAGAUGCCUUUAGAUCCCAUCGAGCAAGAAUUUGACCAGUCGUGUACGAACGAGCAGGUGGAUGGCGAUGGAGAUGGUGAAUUCAUAGAUGGGAUAGACUCUUCUCCCGUUUGGAAUGCCGAGCGAGAUGCAAUUGCUCAAGCCAUGUGGCUCAACUAUUUGAACAACAUUUGAUAUUGCUACUAGUUGUAGAAUUGCUGUGAAUUGGGAACUACUUUUGAUGCUGCGAUGUUAACUCUCGAAUGUUUCUUUAUCUUGUUUUAUUUAGC